ACCACCACGUGCUCAGAAUCCUGUGUCCUGGCUCAGCCCGACUGCGACUCUGACCUCUCUCUCCUGUCAGCCCGAUUUCGGUCCGUUUUGUUUCUGCAGUGCACCGGUCCAGAACUCCCAGGGAGCCACCAGGUCGGCUCCGCAGCAGGCCAGGCUCCGCUCCGGACUCGCGUGACCUCCAGCCCCCGACUCCGAGCUCCCCAUGGCGGCGACGCUGAGCCUGGAGCCCGCGGGCCGCAGCUGCUGGGACGAGCCGCUGAGCAUCGCCGUGCGCGGCCUGGCCCCCGAGCAGCCCGUCACGCUGCGCGCGGCCCUGCGCGACGAGAGAGGCGCGCUCUUCCGCGCCCACGCGCGCUACCGCGCCGACGCCCACGGCCAGCUGGACCUGGCGCGCGCGCCCGCGCUGGGCGGCAGCUUCGCGGGGCUCGAGCCCAUGGGGCUGCUCUGGGCCAUGGAGCCCGAACGGCCUCUGUGGCGCCUGCUCAAGCGCGACGUGCGGACGCCCUUCGUGGUGGAGCUGGAGGUGCUGGACGGCCACGAGCCCGACGGCGGGCGGCUGCUGGCGCGGGCGGUGCACGAGCGUCACUUCAUGGCUCCCGGGGUGCGGCGCGUGCCCGUGCGCGAGGGCCGUGUGCGCGCCACGCUCUUCCUGCCCCCAGGAAAUGGACCCUUCCCUGGGAUCAUAGACAUGUUUGGACUUGGAGGUGGCCUUCUGGAGUAUCGGGCUAGUCUGUUGGCUGGGAAGGGUUUUGCUGUCCUGGCUCUGGCUUAUUAUAGCUAUGACGACCUCCCCAAGGACAUAGAUACUCUUCGCCUGGAGUACUUUGAGGAAGCUGUGGACUACCUGCUCAGACACCCCCAGGUCAAAGGACCGGGGAUUGGCCUGCUGGGGAUUUCCAAAGGGGCUGAACUCUGCCUCUCCAUGGCCUCUUUCCUGAAAGGCAUCACAGCUGCUGUCUUAAUCAAUGGCUCUGUGGCCAAUGUUGCUGGAACAUUAUACUAUAAGGAUGAGAUCCUGCCCCCUUUGGGCAGAAAUCUAGAUCUAAUCAGGAUGACCAAAGAUGGCCUUGUAGAUACUUUGGAUGUCCUGAAUAGCCCUUUAGAAGGACCUGACCAGCAGAGCAUCAUUCCUGUGGAAAGGUCUAACACAACCUUCCUGUUGCUUGUAGGUCAGGAUGACCAUGGCUGGAAGAGCGAGUUCUAUGCCAAUGAAAUCUCCAAACGCUUACAGGCCUGUGGGAAGGAGAAGCCCCAGAUCAUAUGCUACCCAAAAGCAGGGCAUUAUAUUGAGCCCCCUUAUUUCCCACUGUGCAAGACUUCCCAAAUCAAGGCUUAUAGCGUGCCUGUCGUCUUUGGAGGGGAGCCCAGUCCUCAUGCCAUGGCCCAGGUAGAUGCCUGGCAGAAACUCCAGACUUUCUUCCACAAUCAUUUGGGUGGUGAAGUGAGGACAAUCCCAGCAAAACUGUGAUUUUUCUUUGAGUACUGACAUUUCUGAUUCUUCCUGCAAAGGGCUGCCACUGUUAGUAUAUUUUCCAAUUUUUUCUCCCUCUAAUAAAGUCUUCAAGUUUUCCCCCAUGAGGUGGUAUGGACUGUCUUCCUCAUUGGAUGGAGGACAGAGUGGUUCCUACAUUCUUAGGGUGCUAAGGAUUGAGCCCAGGGCUUGUGCAUGGUAGGCUAGCACUCUGACACUGGGCUAUCCCACUCUACCUUAGAGGGCAGAGAUUUGAAGGAAACUUGAGCUGUUGAGAAGCACGUUUGCUCCCUGGUACAGCAUGCAACAGGCAACUUCAGGUCUAGGAUGAGAAGUCAGUAACAUGGACUAGCACUGCCUGCUCUAUAAUGCAGUGAAUAACUCUUUGCUAAAUGACAGUUAAUAAACAAAGCUUUACUCUACAAGAAAGCAUAUGCAGUAGCCCCUUGUGUAUGUGGGUUCCACAUUGCAGAUUCUCCCACCCAUGGACUGAACUUAUAUGAAAACAGCACUGUAUCUAUACUCAACAUACAGGGGCCUUUUCCAGCCAUUAUUCCUUAACCUUGUGGUAAUUGUAUAGGAGCUAUUUGUACAGUGUUUGUGUUCCACUUAGGGACAUAAAUAUGCUGGACAUGAUCUUAACAUUUUAAAGGUUUUCAGAUUACAUGCCAAUUCCUCACCACUUUAUAUCAAGUACAUGAAUCAUUGCAGUUUGGGAUCCAGGUAAACAACUGUACUAUUAAAAUUAUUCUAAUGUCAGAUUUGAGCUUCUCUUCUUAGAAUGGAAGUCAGAACACCUCAGUUACAAAUGACUUACUAGUUAAAAUUAAUGCUGAUGAAAUAGUUAAAGCAGAUAAACAUUUACUUUUGUGAUUUCUCUUCAGAUAAAUAAGGACUCUACUAGCAAAGAAACUCUUGGUGUUCCUGUUACCACUAUAGACACACAGCUUCAGUGUUUCAAAAGUUGAUACAAUAUUUAGAUUGGGACUAUGUGAUUUAUAUCAUGAUAAUCAUAAAAUAUGUAAAAAUGAGACAACCUGUUAUAAAUAGUUCAAUAAACCUACAUGUUUCUUCAGCCUUUAAAUGUA